AUUUAUUUAUUUAUUAGUUUUUUUUAAUAAGCCUUUUUAUAAUUCAUCGAGUAAAAACGCAACUUAAGAAAACAUUAACUAUUUACCAUAAAGUACGCAAAAUAAGUACCCUGCUGGCUGGAAAAUUAAACCUUAGAUGAAAAAAUAAGAAAAAAAAACCGUCGAUGGAAUCCUAAAAAGUGAAAAGCGACGAGACUCGUAUCUUGGCGCGCUUACUUCCGAUUCGCAACUUCCCGCGGUCGGACGUGCCCAAGCAAAACCGAGUGAAAACAAUGUGCUAAAAAAGGUGUAGUGCGAAAAUGUGCGAUAACUCGUUUGACGUUUCGAUCGGCGGGAAAAGAUAAAGUUUUUUGAAUUUAGAACCGCGCGUUGACAGUGACAUUAUGAUUUUUAAAAGGACUCUUUUGUUUUUUAUCGUGUUGGCGGGAGUUUUGUGUUCGGAUUCAGAAAACGAUGUUUUGACGUUGCAAGAUGAAUUGGAAAUUAAGGAUGUGGAACCUUCUGACCGGAGAAGACCUGUCAAUGAGCAAGAGAAGGACAUACUUUUACUGGACGCGUUAGGGAGGAGAAAGGGUGCCUAUCACAGUUCUUAUAGUUCGUCGCAGGAGGAUGAUUCAAUCAUGGAUUUACUUGGCAAAAUGAUCCCCCAAACGUGCCGCUACCGGGGGGCGCGGUACCACUGCGGCCUCAGCAUAUCCUGCGUCUUGGGGGGCGGGAAACCCCUGGACCUCUGCUCCGGGGGGAUGAUCUGGGCAUGCUGCGUGGAUCGGGACACCACGGAGCGGCCGAGCGAGAUCGCGCCGGUGGUACAUAAUGCUAGUGACCUUAUAGAACUCAUCGGCUCAUUCCCACACGAAAACUUCGAUCAAAACACGAACAAUUACGACGACCCGGUCAUAAUUUACACCGAGCAAAACCGGCCAAAACCGGACACGAGCCAAAAUAAACCGGAUUGGGAAUACCAGAAUCACUAUUUUCACGUGAAACCGUCUUACCACGAGAACACUAGUAAAAAACCGGACGUGUUCUACACGGAUAAGUAUCCGGUUGGAAAUAACGGUGAUGAUGAUUAUGUGCCAGUUGUAACUAACGGUCACAAGCCGAGGCCUUACCCUGGUUGCGGCGAACACUUCACCAGGUCUAACAGGAUAGUGGGGGGCCACUCCACUGGGUUCGGCUCGCACCCGUGGCAGGCCGCCCUCAUCAAGUCCGGCUUUUUGAGCAAGAAGCUGGCGUGCGGCGGCGCCCUCAUUUCAGACCGAUGGGUCAUUACAGCCGCCCAUUGUGUUGCUACCACGCCAAACUCCCAGCUGCGCGUGCGCCUCGGCGAGUGGGACGUCCGCGACGCCGGCGAGCGGUACUCCCACGAGGAGUUCGCCGUGCAGCGGAAGGAGGUGCACCCGCAGUACGAGCCGGCCGACUUCAGGAACGACGUGGCGCUGGUGCAGCUGGACCGGGGGGUGGUCUUCAAGCAGCACAUAUUGCCUGUGUGCCUGCCGCAGAAGCAGAUGAAACUAGCCGGCAAAAUGGCGACCGUGGCGGGCUGGGGCCGGACGAGGCACGGCCAAAGCACCGUGCCUUCAGUGCUUCAGGAGGUGGACGUAGAAGUGAUCCCCAACGAACGAUGUCAGCGCUGGUUCCGAGCGGCGGGCAGGCGGGAGACCAUACACGAUGUGUUCCUCUGCGCUGGCUAUAAAGAGGGCGGCCGUGACUCCUGCCAAGGUGACUCCGGAGGCCCCCUCACCAUGAAGCUGGAAGGUCGCUCCACGCUCAUCGGGCUGGUCUCGUGGGGCAUCGGCUGCGGGCGGGAGCAUCUCCCCGGGGUCUACACGAACAUACAGAAGUUCGUGCCCUGGAUCGAUAAGCUGAUCAGCCCGUGACGAUAGAUGGCGCUGUACGUGAUUUUUGGGACUCAAUUUUGUUGAAGAGACAAAUGCUAUAGAAAGAAAUAGAAAUAUUUUUUAUUGCUGCAUUAAAAUUUGUACAGUUUAUAAU